AUGUUCGCACCACCCCCCGUCCAGCUCUCCCGAGCGCAAAUCGAAGCCCGCCUCGCCGCAAGGCGACAGAGCGCAGUCGCCUCCGGUCCUUUGAGCCCGACAGCGAGUCUGGGAUCUGCAACAGAGGAUCGCGCCGGCUCCUUGCAUGCUGCGACAACAGCGCCGACAUCACCCCUGCCGAGACGGCCUUCAGAUAAUGUCUCAUCCUCUCCUAUACUGGCCUCGCCGUCUUCUGCCUCGCGCUCGCGACUCGAACACCCCAAAUCCGGCGCUUCGCCUUUAAGACCAGAGACCGCAGUCCAGCAGCGCCUCCCAGACGGCUUCGGCGAGCGGCCGCGACGAGCACCGCAGCCGCCGAGACGUUCGACGGCGCCGCCGGACGAGUGGUUCGGUCCACGAGCAAAGACUGCUCCUGUGCUGCCGCCGCCUCCUCCACCGGCGCAGGUCGUGGUGCCUGAGCUGCCGAAGACGCUGCCGCCGCCGAUCCCAGUGAAGGCGGCUGAGACGGUGAAGGAAGAGCUGCCGCCGCCUCCGAUACCCGCGAAGUCGGCGAAGCGGUCGAAGGCGAGGGGUGCGGAUAUUUUGAGGCUACUGGAGGAGGAUCCGUUUAAUGGUGGGGGUUCAUCGUUGAGUAAGUCGAAUUCGAAGAGGAAGGGGAAGGGGAAGGAUGUUGUAGGGAAGGGGGCGGAGAAGUCGCCGAGUCCGUCGUGGAGGUUGUCGAAAGAGCAGCUGAGGCAGCCUGCGAUCGCUCUGGCGAAGCCGCCGAGUCCGCCAGUGAAGGUUCCAGAGAAGCGACCAAGUCCGCCAGCAGGGAUUGUCGAAGAGCGUCCUGUUCAACCGGCUAGGGCGUGGACUGCGCCGGCUGCAACGACAGAACGAAAUAUUGCCAUGCCUGCGAAAGAGAGUGUGGUGCAGGCAGCAAUUACACAGCCCAUCAGCAUGAGUCCGAUGGAUUCAAGCGUAAAGUCCACAGCAUCAUCAAAAGCCAGCUCCAAGCUCUCAGGUGUGCGAGGAGGCAGAGUCGACAAGGCGUCGAAGCGCUUGAGCUCCGACUCCUCGCUCCGAUCGGCACUCUUAGAUCUGGAUGAACUAUACUCGUUCGCCAGUCCAGGCACGCCACCUUCGAAACCUACCGAUGGGGAGACAAAUGAAAGGUCUGGCUCGUUGUCGGAGAUCCAGCUUCCAUGGAGACGGCAAAGGAAGGGGGAGACGAUGAGUAUGCUUCUCCAAUCAGGGUUCUUUCCGGUUGGCAAUGAAGGAAAAGUCAAUGCGAAUAUGCAGCUGGGUGUGAGACUGCCGCCUCCACCUUCGAUACUGAGCAAGGACCUACCUGCUACUCCGUCGAGCAUUGCCGGGACGCCAAUCGAGCUGUACCAGAGGAGUUCUCAGGGGGCGCUGCGAAGCCCACCAGGUGCAUUACGCAGUCCCCCUGGAGCAUUGCGAAGUCCACCGGGAGCGCAACGACACUCAGCCCGGGCUCAACGAAGGCCAGGCAACAAGAGACGGAGUCCACUUUCGCACGUGGCAACGAACAGCGCCAAGUCGAGCAGCAGCGUACUCUCAGCUGAAAGCGAAGAGAUGUCACCGAGCCGACUGUCGGCAAUUCCAGAAUACGCACCUAGCUCAGAGAACUCACCUCCGCCGUCUGGUGUGACGACCCCCAUCGCAACGCAGAUCCAUCUGCGAGGAGGCUCUGUCGUAACAGUAUGUCCGCCUGAGAUGAACGCGUGGCAGCGUAGAAUAUACGUGCAAGGUCCGAUCAAGCUGCCGAAGCCGGUGAUUGUGCCUAGAAAGAACUCUGUGGCCAGUCUCGAGCCGUUCCAGGAUGCUAUUGACAGAGUGUAUCAGGAUGCGCUGAGCAUACCAAGGAGGCGGAGUGAUGAGCAGGUUGUAGAUGAUGUUUGCGAGUUCUUCGACGAGUACGGGUUUGACGAGGUUGGAUUUGAAGGGGAUGUGAUUGCAGGGGUCGAUAUGCUGGACGAAGAGAUGAAGGAUACAAGCGACUCGCCGGACGCCGAGAUCGAGCGCUUCAGCACACCUCCAGCAGAACCCGACGCCAGCCCUCUGGAAAAGGUGGUCGCGAAAGAAGUGGUGGAGAUCUUGUCGAAGCCGGCUCCAGUCCCAGUCCCACGUGCUCCGAGAAACGAUUUGGAAAGCCUCAGGACUCGAGGCAUCGCCUACCUCGCACAUCGGAUCUCACAUCCACCAGCUUCGCAGCGCCACGUGCGGAAGGACUCGUUGACUUUGAUCCCGGAGGAGCCGACCACGGUGUCAUCCCGGGCCGAGAACGAAGGAAGUCAGAGCAUGCCGGCCGUCAAGGAGUCCUUCCGUGGUGAUGACGUGGAGGAGCUGGAUGGCGCGUCCAGCUGGCUAGGCUUGGGCAUUCCUGGUCUGCAUAGAAGCAAUUCGAGGACGCCAGGUGGUCAGGCGCAGACGCUUGCCCUAGGCGCCAUGAUAUAA